UUCCUCCUCCUCCGUUGUAGCCUUUUUGGCACAGAGGCCGCCCCGUGUGCCGCACCCUCUUCCAGCCAUGGUCUGGCAAGUGCAGCUCCGGGGGCAGUGGCAGGACAUGUCCGAGGAGGACAGCGUGCAGAUGGACGCCUACCAGAGCAGCGGGAGGCCGCAGUUCCAGGUGCAGAUGCAGGGCCAGCUCUACCACGUCGAUCUGCACGGCAGCCCGCCGUGGACCCAGACCAACUCCAAGACGGGCACGUCGCGGCGCAUCCGCCGGUUCUCCCCGCCCAGCAGGAGGCCCGCGGCGGCCCCCCUGCUGGCGCCGGCGGCCCCUGCUGCGCGGGCGCCACCGACGCCUUCCGGGAGCUCAGGGUUCCGGGGGGGGCACCUGGACCUGGAGGGCCAGGCCUCGGAGGGGCACGGGCCGGGAGGAGGCUGGCUGCGCGGCCUCUUCGGGCAGCAGGGGGCGACGACCAGCCGCGCCGGCUACCGCCAGGCCCUGCAGGAGCCCCCUGCUCGCGGGCUGGCGGGCGGCCCGUGCGGCCUGGACUGGGGCCAGGCUGGCAUUUUGGUAGCGCUGGUGGUGCUGAUCGUGCUGCUGUGGGACACGGUGGUGGUGUAUCCCCUGAAGCUGCUCGUCGUCUUCCUGCACGAGACGAGCCACGGAAUAGCCGCGGUGCUGACGGGGGGCAGUGUCGACCACAUCGAGGUGAGCUCCCAGGAGGGCGGCGUGUGCUAUACCAUCGGUGGGAAUAGAUUCCUGACGCUGUCGGCAGGAUACCUGGGCAGCACCUUGUGGGGCGGGCUCAUCCUCGUCCUGGCGAGCCGCACGCUGUACAGCAGAUUCACUUCCAUGGGGCUUGGCGUCAUGACAGGCCUGAUUGGGUUGGUGUUUGUCCGACCGUUUCUCAGCUUCGGCCAGCUCUUCGCCCUUGCGGCCGGGGCCGCGCUGUUCGCGUCGGGCCACUACCUCAGUGACAGGUUCAACGACCUCCUGCUGCGGGUCAUCGGCCUUACCAGCUGCAUGUACGCGGUGUUGGACAUCAAGAGCGACGUCUUGGAGCGGCCCGAGGCACGCUCAGACGCGGCCAUGCUGGCAGAGGUGACUGGAAUACCAACCGUCCUCUGGGGUCUUCUGUGGAUCUCUGUGGCAGCGGUUGCCGUGGGCUACUUCGUGACCCAGGCCAGCAAGCCCCAAGCGGCGGGCAGCCUAUAGUGCCACGGGUGACCCGAGGCUCGCUCCGAUCCGUCUCGUCCUCCUCCAGAUCGACCUGGUCCUCUUCUCGACCUGUCUUCCGCCUCCGCCUUCUCUUAUCCCUCCUCCCAGCUGGUGCCCUCUGGGAGAAAACAUGCGGCACGUCAGAUUCACCCGCUGUUGCUACCUAUUCUGGCAGCUGGUCGCUCCUAUCCGUCCUCUUCAACGGGCCAACUAUUGUCCAUACAGUUUCUCUGCCCACAGGAUGAGGACGAGGCGGUUGGUGAGGAGGCCUUCUCUCACUGCCCCGAGGUUUCGCCUCAGUCUCGGCCUCCGCCUCCAGCUCGAGCUGUUGCUGCUCAUCUUGCUGCUUCUUCAUCGUUGUCCUAAUCCAGAUCUUUCUCCAAACAAGUCGUAGACCAUACACACAUGAAUUCAUCUGCACAUACCAUGUGAGCCACUCGCUGCGUCGUUUUCGCUCCAUACAUUCGCACGUUUGAAAUGUAGGAAACGGCGUUUCGUGCUUUCCGACACUCUGUGCUGCGCGAGCUCGGUGUCACAAGAGUCGGAUUCCCAACAUCGCCGUGAAUCAACAUCGCCGUUGGCUCGGCCUUCGUGUCAGCCAUACAGGGCAGCUGCGCGCUGGUGCGAGCCACGUGGUGCCAUAUGUAGCGCAGGCCAUGUUUCAGGAG